AUUAGACAUUAAAUGUUUAUCCCUCCUCCUUAUUAUUACAAGUAGUUUACAACUUCAAAAAGCUUUCCAGUACCUGACUUAGAUAAAGUUAGGUAACACACAGAUGAUUAUUAUUCAUUUGGAGAGUUUUAUUAAGUAUUCUGAAUAAUAAUUAUUAGUUCAAAGAUUUUGAAGUUGAUUAAAUAUAGGUUUUAAAAGAAAAAUUGGCAGAAAAAAACAUUCAUGGAAAUUUAAAAUUAAAAUUAAAAGAAUUAAGCAAAGAAAUUUUUGAUAUCUGUCUGAAAAUACAAGACUCAAUUGCAAAUGUUGAUAAUUAGCACAUAGAAUUAAGGUAACAAUUACAUGAGAAUUACGAGCAAUUUAAUUUAAUAUGCUAAUUUAUAAACAUUAAAUAAGUAUUGAUUUAUUUAAGACUGUAGAAAUACAUAGAUUUAGAGGAAAUUUUCAAGAUUGAACUAUUAAAACUUAACCAAAUAAAUAAGGAAAUGGCAGUUAAAAUUGAGGAGUUCCAAAAACAAGUAUCUGAACUAAACUCUGAUUUUAUCACAUAUUGA